GUAAACUCUUCGUAUCUGCGAGGCCCAUACAUAGAUUACGUUGGUCGCGAGGGGCUGAUGGUCACCACUCUAGGCCUCAAGUUCGAGGCUGGAAUGCAGCACUUCCGGAUGCCAGGCUCCAGUGGUCACCAACACCGGAACAGGCUCGAUCGGGACAUGAAACUCAAAUGCGUGGCCACGCUGGGCACGGUGUACUGGAAGUCAAAAGARCAGAGCGCGCUGGCGCACCGACCGCGGCCUGUCCCUGGAAUGCCAUUGCCGGGUGCCGACGAUGGACUGGUAGGAGGCGAUGAACAGGACGCUGACUCCAGGGCUGAUCCGGUUCACGGUAAGCGUAAAUCCGUCACUCGUUCUGCUCAACGCAAGGAAAAGGCUAUUAUACAUAGUCUGUAA